UCUCUUUAUUAUCCAUAAGAAGAAGAAGAAAAAAAAUAGAAGGAGGAUAUAUAUGGGAGUAGAAAGGGGAAGUGGUAAGGGGCUGAAGCAGAUGCUAAAGAGAUGUUCGAGCUUGGGAAAGAAAAGCAACGUGCACGUCAACAACUCUAACGGCGUCCCCAAAGGUCACUUCGUCGUUUACGUUGGUCUCUCCAGAUCCCGACACGUUAUUCCUAUCUCCUUCCUCACGCACCCCAUCUUUCAGAUGUUGCUGCGUCAAUCCGAGGAAGAGUUUGGGUUCUACCAAGACAAUGGGAUAACCAUUCCAUGUGAUGAAGACUUCUUUCUCUCUCUCAUCUUCUCCAUUAAUAAGCCUUGACAAGACAUAUAUGAACAUGCUACCUCCUUCUUUGCUGAUUAAACUCGUGUAUGUGUAACCACUUGUGUUUAUAUAUCCUUUCUCUCGGUUCUCAUGUAUAAAUAGUGCAUGUCAUUUGAGAGGAGUAUCUACGUCGCGUACCUACUUUUCUAACCUCGUUUUCUUUGAGUUCUAAAAUAAAAUUAAAGCUAGGGUUUUUUCUC